GAAGUAUUGACUCGUCUCGGUCGUCGGUGAUUUGCAGGCGAGACUGGCCCGCAGUCUUUCCCACCUGGAAAUCGAAUUCGAAUGGAAUGGAAUGGCGGUGUGGUCUCCCCUCUCUCUCCCUCUCAGUGCUAGCACCGUCUAAAUUAGAGAGCCUGUGCCGUCUGAUUUGUAGCCUCUAGCCUCUGCUCAAUGGGGCUAAUAAUUCUUUUGAUUUUUGCUUCUAUUUAAAUUGAAAUUCCGCUGGUGAUAUAAAGUUUUCGCUUCGGUUUUCGAGUUUGAAGAAGACAAGUUCCAAUUAAGUCUGUCCUUUGUUUUUUCUGAUCUCGAGCAACUAUUGCUGGCUUUGAUUGUCCCUCGUCUCUUAGAAUGGAGCCUGAACAGCUUAACUCGAAGCACUGCGGAGAUUUACUUAAGCAUUUGGAUAGGCAGAACGAGUUCCUCAUGGAAUCCUACAGGUUAAUGGUUCACGAGCUGCAAAAACUUCAGGUGGAAGAGGAAAUGCUCAUGCACAAGCUUUACGAAGUUAUGUCUGCUCAGGGUAUCACUAAAAAGAAUAAAGAUAGCUCUCAUGAUUCCAAUAACAGUGACGCUGAGCGAUCAUACGAAAGCCAUUAAGCCAAGUCAAUGCAGCGGAUGCAGAAAGGAGACCACUAUGUGAGGCCUGUUCUUGCCAUUUGCUCUUCUUUUUUCAUAGUUUAGAGUACACUAGAACAGUUUAGUUGAUUUUAUAAGGGUUCUUUUUUCUCUUUUCGAAAAGGAGCCGAAGGGAAACAAGGGCUUGAGAAAAAUCAAAAUGCAGACUGAUAGUGCGCAAGGGAAUAAUCUGAUUUUAAGAGAGAACGUGGUUAGCCAUCCUUAUCGUGAGAUGAAUGAGGAAGUUAGAACUAUAAUUUACGAGGGCCUAGUGACAAGUUUCGGAGACUUGUUGGCAAGGGGGGAAAAAAGUUUCACAGAUUUACCUGAAGAGAACAACCUGCGGGCUGGUGCUUUAACUAGGCUUAGGGGAGUAUCUCUUUGAUUAAUGAUGCAGUUUUUCAUUAGGAAAAAAAAGGAGCCAAAUGGGAGAUUUAUAUCAAUUAUAGAAGUUCAAUUUGUAAUUGUGUAUCAUCUCACAUAAUAUAGUCUUAAAUGCGGAGGAAGAAGGAACCAAAUUAUUUACAAAAUUUUUCUAAUUUAAUGUGACAUCAGUAAGCCUCCUAUUGGGGUC